AGCUCCACCGCCACGAGAGCACCCAGGAGAAGAAUGUGAAGGAAGCCAAAACCAAGUGCAGAACCAUUGCAUCGCUGCUGACGGAUGCUCCAAACCCGCACUCCAAGGGGGUGCUCAUGUUCAAGAAGCGCAGGCAGAGAGCUAAGAAGUACACGCUGGUCAGCUUCGGCAGCGUCGACGAAGACCGCUGCGACGACGAGGAAGACGGAGUUUUUCCAACUAGUGAGUCUGAGUUUGAUGAGGAAGGUUUCUCUGAUGCCCGAAGCUUAACUAAUCACUCAGACUGGGACAACCCCUACCUGGACAUUGAAAAGUCCAGAUCAGACUUUGAGCAGAAGGAAGAGAAGCAGAAGGGCUUGAGCGAGGCCUCAGGUAAAGGAGCCAGAUUAUUUGAGCAGCAGAGGGAGCGGGCUGGGAAGUACACGGUGGAGCAGGUGCCUGCGCAGAGCAGCCCCUCGGGCCAGGGCAUGGUGAACGGGGACGUGCCCCAGGCACACAGGGACAGCGCGGCCCUUGGCGCGCGCCCGGGAGUGGGGCACAUGCCGGGCAAGCAGCCAGCCCCGCUCCCCGCUCCCGGCAGCCUCCCUGCCCUCAGCCCCACCGCCCCUGUGCCACCGCCGGGCACCCCCGAGCCCUUCUCGGCGAGCAUGUUCAACAGGUCUGCGCGGCCCUUCACGCCCAGUGGCUCUGGCCAGCGCCCCGUAACGUCCUCGGUUACCUUCAAGCCAUCUGCACCCAAAAAACCCAGCGAAAGCCAGGGCGGGCCGAGUGCAGCGGUUCCCUUCGCACCGCCAGGAGCCCCUGGCAGCACGGUGGCUCUGGCGCCGCGGGGUGCAGUGAGCUCCUCCACGUCCCUGUAUAUUCCUGCGCCGGGGCGCACAGCCCCGCAGCUGGAUGGGCAGCCGGGAGCGGGAGGCAGCGCCCCAGAGACCAGGCCUCCUGCCAGCACUGCCCGGACAUCCACGGCCUCCAUAUUUCUGUCUGCUCCCUCGAAGCCAGGAGGAGAGGCAGCCUCUGCAGCGCCCCAAGCACGAGUGCCCGGAAUGGCUUCCUCUUCUCUGUACAUUAGCCCAGCUCCAUCCCAGCCCGUGGCGAGCAGCUCCCCCCUUGCUGGGCAGCCAUGUCCUGGCACGUCGCCGGCAGCACCACGGCCCCCUUCGGAGCCGCUCACAUCGAGGGAGCAGAGGAUUGCCGUGCCGGCUCCCCGCACAGGCAUCCUGCAGGAGGCUCGCCGGCGUGGCAACAAGAAGCCCAUGUUCAGCCGCAUCGAGGAGAAGAAGAAGAAUUCACCCAACCCCGAACUCCUGUCGCUGGUGCAGAACCUAGAUGAGAAGCCCAAAGGAGACCACCCCGGGGCAGGCUUUGAGUCGGGGCCCGAGGAGGAUUUUCUGAGCCUGGGCGCCGAGGCCUGCAAUUUUAUGCAGUCCUCUGGCCGCAAGUUCAAGACGCCGCCCCCGGUGGCUCCGAAGCCACAGCAGCAGGAGGCCGGACUGGUAAACGGGGCCCACGACAUGCCGCAGCUCAAAGGCAAGGGUGCAGAGCUCUUCGCCAAACGCCAGAGUCGCAUGGACAAAUACGUGGUGGAGACAACCCCAAAGCCUGACUCCAAGCCCAGGACCCCCUCUCCUUCCCCUUCUCUGCCCUCAUCCUGGAAAUAUUCCCCCAACAUCCGAGCUCCCCCUCCAAUAGCUUACAACCCGAUGCACUCCCCUUUCUACCCGCUGGCAGCCAGCAAGUCACAGGCUAGCAAGGCAGAGAGCAAAGUGAAAAAGGCACCGAGCCAGAAAUCGGGGCUCAAGGUCAUUGAUUUCAUGCGCCACCAGCCCUACCAGCUGAAUUCAGCCAUGUUCUGCUUCGGAGAACCCCCAAGCCCCGGGGCUGCAGAGGCUGCCGUGCAGGCGGGCCCGCAGGCCCGCGCGCCCUACAGCGCGGCCACGCAGCAACCCGUGAAAACAGCCAAGACGCAGGAGAUCCGGCGGUUCUCCACGCCAGCGCCCAUGCCAUCCUCGAGCAGCCUGGCACCCACCGUGCUGAUGCCCCGCUCGGCCACCACGCUGGACGAGCCGCUGUGGAGGACGGAAAUGGCCUCCUCGGCACCCGCCACACCGGCUCCCUUCCCUGCGGAGCUCGGCCAGUCACCCAAGCCCUAUGAGAGCUCCCCGGAGCUCGGGCCUCUGGGCCGAGGCCCUUCCCCAAGCCCAGCCGCUCGGUUCCAGGUGGCCAGGCCCAAGUUCUCGGCAGCCAGAACAGGGAUGCAGGCCAACGUGUGGAGGCCGAGCUUCGGGCACCACUGAGGCACCUGCUGCUCCCACCUUGUCCAUGGCCCCGUAGAGAUAGUGCUCGUUUUGUCUUUCAUGCUCAGAACAUUGGGGUGAGUGACACAAAAUGAAGAAAAGA